GCGCUGCUGGGGUGUGGUGACGGGUAGGGUCUGGGCCUGAGGGCUCGGCGCUAAGCUGUGUGAGCUCCAGUGACUGCCUGACUUUGCUGAUGCUGCUGGCUUGCAUGCCUCUGUUCCUCUCUGCUGUCUCUAUGGGUAAGGCAAUAGAAAUGUACACGGGUGUCUGCAAAAGUCAGCACGUGUCUCGGACACUGAGACGCAGGCCUCGGAUUGGGAGGCGGAAGCGCACGCGGUCCCACCUGGGUAGGGGAGGGGAGGGAGGGCGAGAGCUUUCCCCAGGGGCAGUGCUAAGGAUGCCUCCUCUUCCUGGCCUUCUGACUCUGCUUUCCACCUGAGCACUGCAGGUGUGACUAGCCUACAGCGCGUUAACGCCUAGGCCUUGCCUCCACUGGAGAAACGGGGCGCUGACCAUGGUGCAGCUCUCCUGGCAUGGCAGUAACGCACCCCGUGUCCCUGCACAUGCUGUCCCCAACAGCGUACGGGCACCGCAGCUGUCGUCUGGAUUAGAUCUGCUUUGAGCACAGGGUCUCCAGCCUGCUGGCAUCCUUCAGCAGGGCCAGUGUGGAUGGAGAUGUGAUGCAAGAGCUCUAACAACGCGAACAGGAGCCCCGCACUGCUUAGGCCCGUGUCUGCACUAUGCUGUAUGGGGCCAAGCUGUCCAGGAGCUAGGAACUCCUGCAGUAGCACUGCACACAUUAAGGAGUUCAGCUGUGCACUAUUUCCACAGCAAACGUCGUCUUCUGUUUCUGAAAACACAACUGAUUCGAUCACCAGCUUGUCUCGGAGGAGACCAUCUGAUAAACAUGCUGCCAGCUGGCGUGAGACUGACAUAUGGCUCUGGUAGCCACCUGGGGAGAGGUCUGGGACCAGUUGAACCCUUUCACAUGCAUUACACUAGCCUAAAGCCAGAUAUCCGAGUACCAGUGUGAGAGAAGCAUCGGCCGGAGCAGCAGGCAGCACUACAAGCGCACGAAGGAGUGGAAUGGGCUGUACAGAGCCCAGGGCGAUGCUGGUCUCUCGGGUGCAGAGUAGAAACCUUACCUGUCUCACAAUAUUCAGCAAGUGACUAGGGCUCGCCAGCCAAGCAUCUGAAGAAUGCAGGACUGCUGUGCAGGGCAGCAUGACUGUGGAGAGCACCAGCUCGCAGACGGUGUGAACCAGCAGGAUGCAGUCAGGCAUGUUACUGCAAUUUCUUCUCAGGGAAAGAUGGUUUGUGAGGAGGAGCUGGGACAGCAGGUAUGCGGCCUUUUAUGUGAUACCUACCACUACGGUGCGACUUUGCAAGCUGGGGGCUGGGAGGAGUUCUCCAAAGUUCCUAGGAGCACCACCGUUCACCGUUCAACUGGCAGAGCCGCAAGAAGGCAGAAGUCUCUGCCUCUGCACCUGCUGGGCCAGUCCACAUUCCCUUUUCCAUCAGCCUCUGGAUAAGUGACAGCUGCAAGUCCCUCCCCAGCCUGCCUGGUUCAGUCCCCCAUUGUCUCCAGGCUCGCCCUCCUCCCUCCUUAACCCUGCAUUUUCAACCAUAUGGCCUGCUGUGCCCAAUUAGUACAGACCUACUUUAAUUGGCAAGCAUUGCCACCGGAUGAGCAGCCUUAGUGGGUACACUCAGGUGGCUGGAAAAUGGGGGGAAAAAUUCAAACCAUCACAGAAACCACAAGACAAAUGAGCAUAACUGCAAGUCAUCAUCUUGUGUGCUAUGGCCAACGCAUCCACAUGUGACUGCAUCCAGUGCCCCUUUACAGGUCGGCAGCCACUAAUUCAUAAAUCGCUUUUAACAUACUUCAUUUUGUUUUGCAUUUAGUGCAUGAAAUACAAUCGUACGUAGAAAAGCAGUGCACAGCUCAUGCAAGCUCUAAUACCAGGACAGGAUGGCCACAUGCUGCCUCCUCCAUGCUGACUGAGAAUAUCUGGUGCAGGUGUAUUCCUCUUGCAGAUUAAAACCAAAUCUAUUCAGUUUAGCUGUUACUUUUCCCCAGUUGUCAGGAUUUAUAUAGGAACACCUUCCUACACAAGUAAUCCUCCUAGCAUCAAUCUUUAUGGCUGCCCUAAUUACUUCCAACUAUGCAGAAGACCACCACUACCUCCCCUACAGACUCCCCUGUUCUUAUCCAAACCCACAGCUCUGCUGCAGGAGUCAGUCUUUUCCUUCUUCCCUCAGCUGCUUUUGUCUUUCUUGCUGGGACUCUGCAAAAUGGUGCGCUCGGGGUGUCUGCAGUAAGUUCCACUUGCCAACUUCCUGGUCGCAUUUGCCUGAUGCCGUCGUCACAUGAACUCUCCAUUCCCAUCUCUUGUUCUUAGACUCCUAAACCACUGUGGACAUCCCAGAAUAGGCACAAAGGCAGUGGAUUGGAACCACAAUGGUGGAAAGCCUUGCAAAUUUCAGGUCCAGGAAAAGGAAAUGCAGAAGCCCUACGUGAAGAGCGACUCCAAACACUUGUCCUACAAGGGAAUAAAGUGCUCGUCUUUGAGAGACCUGUCAGGUUCAGCAGGAAGGCAAGGGAACCUUGCUGGCCUUUUUCCCAGAAGUAGCAAGAGCUGUGUCCUGCAUUUGCAUGGAUCAGAGAGAUGACGACUGUGGAAAAGAAUUGUUGCCUGCCACAUCGAUUCUCCACCUGGUUCUGGCUGCUGCACGUCCCUCCUGCACAGUCUCAGAGGCUGCCCCUACUCUCGGCUGUCCUGCUCCUUCACAGGAUUGUGGAGAGAAGAACCCAAGGGAAGAGGCUUUUUCAUGAAGUUUCUCUGUCUCUAGCUGUCUGUAAUUCAAGCAUAGCUGCUGGGUUUGGCGCUGCAGUUAGCUGUGUUUAAUAAAGAAACUUCUGGAGGAGGGCCUGCCAUUGCAGCAUCAUGCAUGCUGUCCUCUCCUGACACUGCUCCCUUUCCAAAGGGAAGCAAACAUCACUGAAGCAGGAGAGGUGUAAAUGCACAAACAGUAUAACCCUGCCAUUGCCAAUCACAGAAAAGCAGCAGCUGGUUCCUCCAUUACCAACAGUGCACUCUUCUAAACUCCUUAGAGACCAGGCCAGUGGGGUAUGUGGGGAGAAAUGUGGCCCCAGGAACACUCAGAGUUCAAACGAAACAUUCCUGCCUCUAUUCUCAACUGCAUAUGUUUGCUCUGAACGUGUGCAACCCUAACACACUGCUGGCGUGGGCAGAAUGCCAAGAGCAUGCAGCACCAACGCAAGGAACGGCUGUAAGUUGUACUGCCUCCGCGCUUCACUGCUGCUGGGAGGCACCGCCUUGGCUUCACAUGCGUAACAGGGCAGUGGGCAAGCAUCACUGCCUUGCUCUAUGACUGCUGCCAGUGCUGUUCACAGGAAUCAUGUCCUGUGCUCUGCCCACUCCUGUGAAGUACCAGGCUUUGGAAACUGACAUCAUACCUUUGUCCACUCAUUCUGCAUACUUGAUAAGGAACCUGCCACAACAGGCCUAUAAGGCCUGCUUCCCCAGGGACCACAACCCAUCGCAGGCUUGGGGGAGGGAGGGAAGAGGACAGCACAGACAUGUGCUUCCCCCAGUAGCUCUAGCACUGUGGAACUGCUUGCUGAUGCACCCCUGCAGCACACCACAGACCUGGUUCCAGAAUGAUUCCCCCUGGCUGGCAGCCACUCGGUAGCAAGGUACCAGCAGGUGAUCAGUGUAUUUUCCCUGGGGCUCUUCGUGGUCUGUUGAGAUCAGCAACAGAGGUGCUGAAAUGCUGCAGUACCUGCUGAUUGCCCCAGGCCUCGAACAACUCGGUUCUGCAAGUCUGAGUUAUCACAACACGCACGUGGCUCCAUCCUUUCACUUGCACUGUGCACAAUUGUGUGCUACUGGGGUGUGUGUGCCUGUGUUGCAAGUUACCCUAGGCACUGCUGCUUUCAGUAGCCAGCACCACCAGAACACCCUCCACCACAUCUUCUAAGACAAGGCCUUGUGGCAUUCGCUUCUGUCCUCUUGACUCCAAAAGCUCCAGCAGAAACCUUUCAUGAUAAAGUGCACAUCCUGACCUUCCCUUCUGAGAGAAGCAGGAGGGAGCAAUAGUACCCCGAGGUGCCAGGAGCUUCCAGGAUUCCAGUUCAGCCUUUUCUUCCAUAGUGCCCCUGGCAUGUCUGAAGGCCUUCUGCAAUCUCCCACAAGUCACUGCUUCCUGAAGCUGUGCCAGUUGCUCUGGGAUAUGUGCUAGGAAAGGAGCACAAGCGCAGCGGCGGAGCAGAAUGGGGACUGAAGCAGUCUGGCUAGCAUGGAGCACCAGACCAAUGGUGCUUACCCUGCUAUAUGCCACAGGGCUGGCUCUCUGUGGGGCAGUUUUCUCAUUGUAUUGGGACCAGCUGUGGCUCCAAGGUUAAAGCUGAAUUUCCCACUUAAAGCAGAGGUUUGGCUUUGUCACAUAUGAAAAGUACUUUGUGUCUGCCUCUGUGCUACCGUAUUUGCUCUUUGAAUAACUAUGGCAUUUCCUAAGACUUUACCAGUAAAUCUAUCAAUCAGAGUUUAAUUUAUUAAGAACUAUUUCACUGAUAUUUAGAACCCUACAGCAGACCUUUUUUCUGUCCUGAGCGAUUUCAGCUCAAACUGCAGAUUCUUGGAUCUGGAGCAAUGGUAGUUUUUACAAGUAAAUUUUUACUUCCAAAACAGUCAGUUUCUUCCCCGCUGUCCUUCUAACUGCAAGUUUGGUUGGUUGGCAGAAGCUGCAAAUGUUUCCUUUCAGAGCAACGCAAGUAGUUUCCAAUGCAUCUUUGCUCAUUGCACUCAGUGAGCCUGAACUUAUACACAGGGCAUCCUUGGCAAGGAUGCCAACUUCCUCUAUUCACUUUCUCCUCCAAGUGUCCUCCUCUGUCUUCUGUCCAUGUUGGGUGGCACCAACCUCCUUGAGGGCAGCUUGGCUUCACUCCCAUGGAGAACAAAGGAAGGCUUUGAUGAUCCUUGCUAUGGGAAGCCACUGCCUCAGUCCCACUGAGAGCAAUGGGACAUGGUAACCAUUGUGCACAAGGGCACUUCCUCAGGAGCUUCUCAGAAAAAGCAUUUUUAUACAUCCAGCCUCAGGGGAGGGACCCAUUUCUGUUACGAAGAUAAGGACAAAAAAGCACAACCCAAGAUACUUUUAAAGAACUAACUCACCAGAGCUGCACCAGAUCCACUCAACAGUGCCGGGGGGGGGGGAGGUGCUGACAAAUGGGGCAAGGAGAGCUAGAGCAUGGCCUGCACCAGAGGGGCUCAGGCUGCAGAAGAAAGGGGUGGCCCUCCAAACAGAGGGAGGAUUCAGCAGUGCGUGCAGGGGGUGAGGAGGACAGGGAGGGGACCUGAUGUAUGCUCUGACAGUGCAUGGCAGCUGUAAGCCCAGCAUGACUGGCCAGUGUCAUCUGGUUGCUUUGUGUGGCUGCAGAACCCGCAAAGCACCUGGGGCAUAUGAGCACAUCCGGCUCAAUGUACUGAGUUAAACAAGUAUCACUUGUUAUCUUCAAAUUAUCAGAAAUAGCCACAAGUGCCUGCAUCCUGGGGCCUGCUGUUCUUGAACUCCUUACAUGACUAAAAUAGCUUUGCAGGUAAAGCCCCUAUGGAGAUGUGGUGGAUGCGGAGAGUGGCUGGCAGUCAUCUGGGGAAUGUAUUUCACAGGAAGGUUGUAACUGUCCCCACAGCGGCAGCCCAGAGCUAGACUGCGCUCCGAAAAGGCCCUGUGUGUUCAACUCCAAGUCAUCUUUCACACCUGAAUAAUCCUAACUCCGCCCUGUGGAGACGUCUUGGGGGGCAGAAAGGAGAGAGGGGAGGUGUUAGGGACGGUUUGAGAGAACACGUCUGAUGUAAUAUCUUGAAGAUCAGGUUGAUCUAAUCUGGAUCCGAAACACUAACCUGCACCCAUACCAGGGGAACAGGUCUUCGCAGGGCUGGAGGAACAAGCCCGCCAGGCCAUGAUGAAAACGGACUUUCCUGGGGCACUUGGGGACCCGCGGCCAGCUAUCCACCAGCUGCAAGAUCACGACUCCAGCAGUAGCGACAGCGAUGAAGAGGAGACCACGCAGGAUGAGGCCUCUUCCCACACCUCUGAGGAGGACAGAGCAGUGGUUAAAGUGAAAAAGGAACUGGAGAACACAGAGCAGCCUGUAGCCAGGACCCAACAUAUGGCAGAGAAUGAGGCAGGCGACUACCGCUCCUGCAGCGCAUCCCGGCCCCUCCCCUGGGACAGGGGAGUUUGGUCAUCCAGCCAGGCAACAGAGAAUUUGAAUGCAGACCCCAUGCUGGGGCUGUCACAGUGCCCGCUUUGCCAGCUGGAGUGUGGCAGCAGAGAGCAGCUCAUUGCUCACGUGUACCAGCACACAGCAGCUGUGGUCAGCGCCAAGAGCUACAUGUGUCCUGUGUGCGGCAGAGCCCUCAGCUCCCCAGGAUCCCUUGGGCGGCACCUGCUGAUCCACUCCGAGGACCAGCUGUCCAACUGUGCCGUGUGUGGGGCUCGCUUCACCACCCACGCCACCUUCCACAGUGAGAAGCUGCCAGAGGUGCUUACUGCAGAUCACCUCCCCACCCCCCGUGCUGAGGGCCCCUCUGGUGCUGAGGGCAAAGACACUGCCUUCCACGGCCCUGUGUACCCUGCAGGCGUCCUCCUCGUGUGCAACAACUGCGCGGCCUACCGCAAGCUGCUGGAGGCGCAGGCCCCAGGCGUGCGCAAGUGGGCACUGCGACGGCAGAACGAGCCCCUGGAGGUGCGGCUGCAGCGCCUGGAGCGGGAGCGCACAGCCAAGAAGAGCCGGCGCGACAAUGAGACGCCGGAGGAGCGCGAGGUGCGGCGCAUGCGUGAUCGCGAGGCCAAGCGGCUGCAGCGCAUGCAGGAGACAGAUGAGCAGCGGGCACGGCGCUUGCAGCGGGACCGCGAGGCCAUGCGGCUGAAGCGUGCCAACGAGACCCCUGAGAAGCGGCAGGCGCGGCUCAUCCGGGAGCGCGAGGCCAAGCGGCUCAAGCGGCGCCUGGAGAAGAUGGACAUGAUGCUGCGGGCCCAGUUUGGCCAGGACUCCUCUGCCAUGGCGGCCUUGGCUGCCGAGAUGAACUUCUUCCAGCUGCCAGUGGGCAGCGUGGAGCUGGAGAGCCAGCUGCUGGGCAAGAUGGCUUUUGAGGAGCAGAGCAACAGCACCUUGCACUGAGGGCCACGCCAGGGACCACGCCCCUCUGUUGCACGGCGCCAGCACCUUGCUCUGGGCAGCUCCAUGCCCCUGAGGGGCUCUGCAUGGGGCCUGGCUGCCCCUCCCGGGCCCAGGGACUGGCUCUGCCCCUGCCCAAGGGAGCAGUAUAGCACCAGCAGGUGUCUGCUUGGGCAGCACGGUUGGGCGUGGACUCUGGAGGCAGCCUGCGAACAGAGGGAAAAAUAAAUUAAUUUUAUGUACGA